AUGGCUAACGGCGUGUCCUCUUUAGCGGCAAUCCUGGGAAACUUUGCUGCUCUGGGAACCAUCUGGCGGACUGCCUCUCUACAUUCCCCUUCACACAUUUUUCUUUUUGGGCUUGCACUGUCCGAUUUUGGGGUCGGCUUGUUCGUCCAGCCGAUGUUCAUCGUCUUUUUGGUUAUUCAGUUGAAAACAGCAACGUACAAUGCACACUAUUGGAACCUGUUUAGAUUUGUGCAAGCGGUUUUUGUUGCUGCGACAGCUUUGACACUAACAACAGUGAGCGUGGAUAAACUCAUGGCUCUAACAUUCCAUCUCAAGUACAAUGCUGUCCUAACAAUAAAACGGGCUUGUAUUGUGUUGUUUCUCAUUUGGAUUGCAAGCAUUGGUUAUGGUUCAACCCUUCUAUUUUCAAGACGUCUACACCGUGAUCUUAACAUCGUUAUAUUUACUUCCUGCCUGGUUGUUAACUCAGUAGCAUACUUUGUGAUCUACCGUAUUGCACGUCGACAUCGGUUACAAAUCCACAAACAAGCGCAAGUUCUUGCUCAACCCGGAAAGGGAAAUUUGAACAUGAAAAACUAUAGAAAAUCAGUUAUCAGCAUGCUUUUCAUAUUCAUUUUAUUUCUUAUCUGUUACGUUCCCUAUCUUUUUGUAAGAGUGUUCACUCACUUCGCACUCUGGAACCCCAUCCAGAUCGGGUUAGCUUUAAGAUUAUCAGUUACAAUAGUUUAUUUUAACUCUUGUUUAAACCCUCUGAUCUAUUGUUGGCGCAUGCGUGAGCUUCGCAGGGGGAUGAAAAAUUUCCUUAAAACAUUGUGCUAG